AUGUACGGCCUGCUGAGUAAGAAGCCACAGCCCAGCCAACAGGAGGUGGAGAAUCACUUUGAUGGACACAUCUGCAGGUGUACAGGCUACAGGCCAAUCUUGGAUGCCAUGAAGUCAUUUGCCAGUGACUCUGGGGACUGUAUUGACAUUGAGGCACCAUUGUGUGGCCAAAAUGGAGUGAGCUGGUACCGCCCCACCACCCUGGAGCAGCUGUACAGCCUGUUGGAACAGCACGGAACCGGUCAGGACCGGUACAAACUGGUCUGUGGAAACACUGCUGCAGUGAGCUGGUACCGCCCCACCACCCUGGAGCAGCUGUACAGCCUGUUGGAACAGCACGGAACCGGUCAGGACCGGUACAAACUGGUCUGUGGAAACACUGCGGCAGUGGUCUGGUACCGUCCUACCACCCUGGAGCAGCUGUACAGCCUGUUGGAACAGCACGGAACCGGUCAGGACCGGUACAAACUGGUCUGUGGGAACACUGCUGCAGGAGUGUACAAGAAUGAUGGGCCCUUCACUUCUCUGAUUGAUGUGAAAUCUGUGGCAGACUUGUUCAUCACCCAGGGAGAUAGUGCAUGCCUCUGGAAUAAGCUUUUCUCAUAG